AUUAGAAGUCUGAAGUCAUGUCAGCCCUAAACCAAGCAUUGAAGCUAUCGCUGUUGUUUCUUUUGAUGCAGUGCAUCCUGAGCGAAUCCGUGUUGGAACAGUCCAAGCAACCGCUAGAAAAACUUAACGAUAUUGUGACAAAGAGAAUUCAUAGCACGUUGAAGGAGCAUCAGGAUUCACCAACGAAAUCGCAAGAUGAGGAAUUCCAGCGACAAUUUCAACGCUUAUCGUUGGCUGCUGCUCUGCCCCUUGAUAAGCUGGAUGAGAAGAUCAGGGCAUAUCAUGCGUAUCGCAACUACGGUGAGCAGAAGCAGAGUAAUUCGAAUGCCGAUCAGUCUCUCAUCCGUCAAGCGAGUGGAUCGGAAAACUACGAUGCCUUCGAGAAGCGUGUGAUCAAUCUGCUCGAGAAACUGGGAGUCUACGACAGAUACACUGAGCGUGUCUUCCGGGCUAUUUUCAGUGAUGACAAGCUACUCAAGGCAUUGAAGAAGAGACUCGACGAACUCGAUAAGGAUAAGGACGACUCCAAUAAGAACAAGAAUAAGAAUAAGGAUAAGGACUUUGACUGUUGUCUGUGGGAUUUCAUUCAUAGCUUGUUUUAAUAUGUUUUUCAUCAUUUCAUUUUUAUGCUUUCAUAAUAUACUUUUAUAUUGUAAUACUUUUUAUAAAU